AUGACGUCUAAAACUGAUAAUCCUCCACCCUACGAGGAUGCACUACAUCAUCCUAAGUAUGGAAACGACCCCCACCAGCCACAGCAUGGCUCCCCUCUUCCACCACCUCCAUCUUACAGCCCCAGUCCGGGCAUGUACCCCGGUCCGCCUGGCUACUGGGGUCAGGAAGGCGUCUACCCGCAAGCGGGGAUGUGGGAAGCCCCUGGCUUCUCUCCGUCUGGGAGGCCUACCACAAUACCGACUCUGUCUGCUGGAGUGUCUCCAUCCAACCAAGGAGACAUGGAGGAUUUUCUGAGCACCCAGUGGGAGAGCACAUCUAUUCGGCAUGCCUUCAUUAGAAAGGUUUACUUAAUUUUAACAGCACAGCUUGCCGUCACCUUUUCAGUUGUCGCUGUCUUCACAUUUGUUGACCCAGUGAGGCUAUUCGUCAUCAGAUACCCUGGCAUCUACUGGGCAUCUAUUGUGGUUUAUUUUAUCGUUUACUGCAUUCUCGUCUGCUGCAAAGAGCCGAGGAGGCGUUUCCCAUGGAAUCUUGUGCUGCUGGGAAUAUUUACUCUCGCCUUGUCUUACAUGUCUGGAACAAUUUCGAGCUAUUAUGAAACAAAGGCGGUGUUUCUCGCCAUGGGAAUAACCGCAUUAGUGUGCAUCGCUGUCACAAUCUUCUGCUUCCAAACCAAGGUGGACUUCACCUCCUGCGGGGGACUUCUCUGCAUUGCUUCCGUUGUGCUCAUGAUCAUAGGGAUUGUUACGGCUAUCGUCCUCUCCUUCCAAUACGUCCCUUGGCUGCAUAUGCUCUACGCCGCAAUUGGAGCUAUCGUUUACACUCUGUUUUUAGUAUACAACACCCAGCUUCUUAUUGGGAAUCGGGAGUUGUCCAUCAGCCCAGAGGAGUACAUCUACGGAGCCCUCUCUCUCUAUAUUGACAUUGUUCACAUCUUUCUCUUCAUCCUUCAGGUCAGUGGCUCUGCUACUGAAUAAGCCCAUGGGUUGGAGCUUGUAGUCUGCAAGUUUCUACUUGCAGGAAAUUGAUUGACAUUAACCAGAAUGCUCUAUGUAAACAAUUAUCACUAAGGAUGUUUCAAUACCAGCUAUCAAUGUUUCAAGCUAUUUAAUUAUAUGUGUUUAUUUUUUUAAUGUCAGUAACACUAAUGUCGGAGCACUUUUAUUCUCGCACUGUGUGAAUCAGUCUUUCACCUCCCCAAAUGUGAAUGAGAGAAACUAAAGCAUAUGUAUGGGUGUUAUUUCAUAUAUUGUCUUGCCUGCGUUAUUGUUAAGUGUUAUUUUAGUAGAUCAUGCGUGCGUCAUGUAGCCAAGAGAUAUUACAUUGAGUAUACACUGGAAUGGACAUAAAUGUGCACGGUUAUAAAAUGCAUUACUCUGUAAACUAUUACUUUUAUCAGAUGUCAUCUGUGUUGAAUUCAGAGGCAGUUCACACGAAAAACAUACAAAAAAAUAGCAAAAAAGUAAUUGAUGGCUUCAGAAGUUUUUAUUAUUUGUGUUUAGUCCUCUGAUGACGUACAAAACACCUGUAGUUACAGGCAUAGUGCAUUAGUACUUAGUCUGUGCUGGUAGUAGGAGGGACUCAGAUCUGUAGUAUGGUAGUUUUUUUUUUUCUAAACAUCUCCAUAGAAAAGAACGUAGACAAACAGUGACUCGAUUAAAAGAAGGUUUACGUAUGAGCACCUUUACAGGAACUUCAGUAAUAACCCUUACUAACUCCCUUUUCUCUGUUAUUUGCUGUUGAUAGACAGUCAAUAAAGUACACCCUACUGUUGCAGAUGCGUCAUUCUCUCAUCUUAAUGGUUAAUCAUAGUGGCACGUUAAAGUCAUAGGGUGGCACUAGCUCCUAUAUUCUCCCCCUCUCUGGAUUGUAGAUUAGUAUGGUUUUCCCGUCACCAGCAUCUGCUUCGUCUAAAGGUUGUUUAGCGCUCAAGGGGUCAGGCGCUUCGGGUCACGUGGGAACAUGGAGGUUUGACGGAUGUUGUGGAGACCCAGGUACAGCAUGCAGACCCUCUCCAGUCCUGGAAGACAUGACAGUUCAGUCACAUAUAGUAUAUUAUUUGAAUGCAGGUGUUCAAUGAAAGAGAAAAAAAAAAAAGUUCUGUCUCCUGUGUGUGUGUUGCACAAAAAACUGAUAUUCCUUACCGAUGCCUCCACCGCCAUGUGGUGGAGCUCCAUACCGGAAGGAGUCGAUGUAUGCCUUGAUCUUCUCCAGAUCUGUAGUAUCACAAAAACAAAGAGGUUGCUAAAGAAACUGUAUUUUUUACAGACCGCUGAUCUAA